AUGAAGUUAGUUGCUAUGGUAUUAGCAAAAAGAAAAGGGGAUUUAUUAGAAAUUGCCUGUGAUUUAUCACAAUUUGGUUUCUUUGAAAAGGGAACUGUUAAAGAAGUAAUAAUAGCAGCAAGUAAAAUUUUUAUAAAUAAAUUCGAUCCAAACACAAGACAUUCAGUACCAUAUGAAGAUUAUAUCUGUUUUAUAGAUGUUAGAGCUGAAUUUGGUGGUGUUGUAUUUACAGAUAAAGAAUAUCCAGAAAGAGUAGCAGCAAGAUUAUUAUCGGAAAUGAUGAAUGGUUAUGUAAAGAAAACUCAAGGUAUUAUUGGUGCACCAUAUCCAGAAUUACAAGGUAUAUUUAAAAAUUCGGAUCCAAAAGCAAAUGAUAAAAUUUUAGAAGUUCAAAAUCAAGUGAAUGAAGUCACUUCAAUUAUGCAUAAAAAUAUUGAUGUUGCUUUAGGUAAUACUGAAAAAAUGGAGACCCUAUUAGAAACUUCUGAUGAUUUAAGCACAAGAAGUAAAUUAUUUUUAAAACAAGCUAAAAAAGCAAAUAGAAGAUGUUGUAUUAUUCAAUAA